AUGGCGCAAGUCAUAUCGAACUCCGGACACGAUGACAUGAUUCAUGACGCAGUCCUCGACUACUACGGUCGCCGGCUCGCCACCUGCUCAUCCGACAAGACGAUCAAGAUCUUCGAGAUCGAGGGCGAAUCGCAACGCUUGACCGAGACCCUGAAGGGCCACGAGGGCGCCGUAUGGUGCGUGUCGUGGGCGCAUCCCAAGUACGGCAACAUCCUGGCCUCCGCGGGCUACGACGGCAAGGUCUUCAUCUGGCGCGAGCAGUCGAACCAAUGGCAGAAGAUCUUUGACUUUGCCCUGCACAAGGCCUCCGUUAACAUGGUCUCGUGGUCGCCGCACGAGUCGGGCUGCCUGCUUGCCUGUGCCUCGUCUGACGGCCACGUUUCGGUUCUCGAGUUCAAGGACAACAACUUCCAGCACGUCACAUUCCCUGCCCAUGGCCUCGGAGUCAACUCGGUUUCUUGGGCGCCCGCGACUACCCCUGGCAGUAUCGUCUCCUCUGCCCCGCCGAACCAGGCUGCCCUCAGCCAACGCCGCUUUGUAACGGGUGGCUGCGAUAAUGUUCUGAAGCUGUGGACGUACGACCCCGCGACGCAAGGAUACAAGCAGGAGAGCGAGCCGCUGCAGGGACACACCGACUGGGUACGAGAUGUUGCGUGGAGCCCCACUGUUCUCCAGAAGAGCUACAUCGCAUCCGCCUCCCAAGAUAAGACCGUGCGGAUCUGGACAAGUGACAGCGCAAGCCAGGGUCAGUGGUCUUGCAAGGUCCUGAACUUCGAAGCCGUAGUCUGGCGCGUCAGCUGGAGCUUGAGCGGCAACGUGCUGGCCGUUAGUGGCGGCGACAACAAGGUCUCGCUCUGGAAGGAGAACCUGCGUGGCGAAUGGGAGUGCGUCAAGACGAUGGAGGAAUAG